CGUCGUUGCUACUCUCAAAGAAACCCCUUAUAAAAGUCCCCCAACCUGGAUGGCUACAACUAUUCUCAUAUUCUCCUAAUUAAUUUUGUUGCCAAAUUACCCAAGAGUUUUGGCCCGAAGAUCUAGAUCAGAUUUUCUUUGCGUUGCAGAUCGUAGGCUAUACUUGAUCAUCUCAAAGCUUUGCAUCUAGCUAGGGCUUUGAGUUCGAGCCUUCUGAUUUGCAAGAAGCAUCGAAAGUCGUCGUCCGGUUUGAAGGUGCGGUACUUUCUCAACUUUCUUCCAAGCGAAUAAUCUGAUCAGUCUGAAAAUGAGGAACGCUCUUCUUCAAUCGCUAUACUCUCAACUAAACAGCUUUGGAAACAAUUACGAAGCGAUCCAGGUGCCAAAUUUGGACGUCUCUAUGCAGAUUAAUAGCGAAGGGCGAAAUCUCCAUGAAAAUGGCUUUUUUAGGAAGUCCAAAAUGUUCAACAAUGAAGACCUGCAGCUGGGAAAUAAUGGAUAUGCCUAUGCAGACCCUUUUCGGUCCCUUGUUGACUAUAGCUAUCAAUCAGGUUAUCAAUCUGCAGGUGACUUUAGCUCUGCCGACAAUGUUCCUCAGCAGUCAAUGUUGCUAAACAAUCAACCUUCUUUCCCACAAUUUGAAGCCACGACAAAUGCAAGGAAACGUCCAAUUGAGGGCAAUGACGACGUCUUGUCCAAAAUAGGAACCGAUAUGGUUCGCAACGUGACGACAUUGAAUGAGUUGAAGAAGAACAAAAGAAACAAGGUGAUCACGACCUCUGAACAACAGUGGCAACACGUAAGAAGUUCAGCAUCAAUAUUAUUGGAUAACGAAGCUAAGCACAGAUUUCAUGUGCCUGUACCGAGGAGAAGCCAAAAGCUCAGUGACCAGAUCACAGCUCUUCAAAAGCUGGUCUCCCCCUACGGCAAGACUGACACUGCAUCAGUUCUUCAAGAGGCUUCUGUUUAUAUCAGGCUACUACACGAACAAGUUCAGAAUCUAUUUCAGAUGCUGAGUAGCUCAUACAAAAGUUCUGUUAGAGCUGGUCAACGACAGGAAUUAAUUGGAGAAGAGCAGCCAGACAUAAGGAGCAAAGGGCUUUGCUUGGUUCCUGUAUCAUUAAUUACUCAGAAAGUCAAAUUUAAUGGAGAUCAGCCAGCUCGUUGAUCAGUUCAACAGAUCCAUCAUGCAUAGCUAGAAAUGUGUAAUUCUAUAUAUACCUAUCAGGCAUGUUUAGCUACAGAGAAGCAUGAUUUUUUUCUUAAUUUCCCGAUCAUGAUCUACCUUAACUUCAUUCUAAUCUUUAUGCAUGAAAUUAAAAGAUUAACGCGCUGGCAUAUCAUUAAUGCACCACCCCUUCAUAUUUGAGAGAUCAAUCCUAGUUUUAGC